AUGAUUCAAGACCAAUCAAGUUGUGGAGAUUGUUGGGCUGUCUCCACUGCCUCUGCUUUAACUGAUCGUUAUUGUAUUAGUCAAGUAAAAAAGGGGAAUUCAGCACCUUUAAAGACAAAUCCAUCCGUAUAUUUCUCAGCGCUAGAGUUGAUGAGUUGUACUCCUGGAAUGUGGGGAUGUGAUGGAGGUGAUCCUUACUAUGCAUGGAAAUAUACACAGACUUCCGGUCUUGUUACUGGAACAAAUUAUACUUGGAACAGUGGAUGUAAACCAUAUCCAUUCCCUCCCCAUGGAUCAACUGAAUACACUGCUCCGUCCUGUGUCUCUUCAUGUACAUCGAGUACUUGGAAUGUUGCUUAUACCCAAGAUAAAAAAUAUACUAAAACAACAGGUUAUAUUCAAAGUAAUGUAGCAGCCAUUCAAAAUGAAAUAAUGGCUAAUGGUUCUGUUGUAGCUGCUUUCGAUCAAACUUCUGAUGUUUAUGUAGGCGGACAUGCCGUUAGAAUGAUUGGUUGGGGUACAGACACUUAUCCAGACGGAACACAUUUGGAUUAUUGGUUGUGUGCCAACCAAUGGAAUUAUGAUUGGGGAAUGAAUGGAUAUUUCAAAAUUGCUAGAGGUGUGGAUGAAUGUGGAAUUGAAUCCUCGGAAAUUUCUUUUGGAACUUUUUAA